CGAGACCUAUCGGUCAUUCCCGUCUCGACUUGGGUUCGGAUCUUCUCCACACUCAACUAUAACGAUCCAUUGGAAAUUCUCGUAUUGUGUAAAUACAUUUAAUAUUGUUUCGGCGAUUUCGAGUUAUUAACAUUUAACAUCUUAAUACAGUGUGAAGCUUUGGAAUCGCACUUCGUUCUGCUUGAUUAACGCUGUCAAAGGGCGCCGGAUUUCGGAAACCAGAGAAACCAUACAUAUACCCGAUAGUACCCAUUACGCAUAAUGAUAGAACGAGAAAUUAUCCACACGACACCUGCUUCAAAGCGCAUCUUUGAUGUCCUCCAGGAUGUCCUGCAGUUUCUGGUGCUCUUUGUGCGAAUCCUUCUGGAGUUGUUUGUUACCCUGGUACAGGCUUUCUUGCCCAAAAAUCAAAAGGAUGUCAGCGGGGAGAUAGUCCUGAUAACAGGAACUGGACAUGGAAUAGGCCGAGAGCUGGCCCUUCAUUAUGCUUCAUUGGGUAGCACUGUGGUUUGUGUGGACAUCGAUGAGAAAAACAACCUACAAACGGUCCAAAAAGCCAAAAGGCUCAAUCUAGGCGAAGUUCACAGCUACAGUUGCGAUGUUUCCAAGCGCGAUGAAGUUAUGGCACUGGCGGAUCGGGUUAAGGCGGAGGUUGGACACGUAUCGGUGCUGGUUAAUAAUGUCGGAAUAAUGCCCACCCACCCGAUCCUCCAGCAAUCGGCCGAGGAAAUUCAGAGGGUCUUCGAUGUGAAUGUAUUUUCGCAGUUUUGGACCAUCCAGACCUUUUUGUCCCACAUGCAGGAGAAGAAUCGCGGCCACAUCAUCUGCCUUUCUUCUAUUGCGGGAUUGGUGGGAAUCUCUAACCUGGUACCCUAUUGCGCCACCAAAUUCGCAGUUCGUGGUCUGAUGGAGGCACUGCAUGCAGAGCUGCGAGAGGGACCUUACAGGGAUUUGAUUAAGACCACCACCAUCUUCCCCUAUAUGACCAACACUGGUCUCUGCAAGCAUCCCAAGGUGAAGUUCCCCUCGAUCUUGGGCCUGCUCGAUCCCAAGCAGGUGGCCAGAAGGAUCGUGGAGGCCCAUCGCUCCGACCUUAUGGAGGUAACCAUUCCCAGCUGCCUGCUGCACAUCAACAACUGGACGCGACUCCUGCCGGAUCAUUGUGGCCUGAUGCUCAAGGACUUUAUCGACAGCGGCGUGGAGUCGGAUUUAAUUUAGGUUAUAUUUGAUAUAGUAGAUCGUAAAUGAAGUUACAAUAUGUUGCAGUACAAUAAACUUACUAUUGGAGUAUGUAUUAAAAUAAAA